GACGAGUCGGAACCGAAAAAAAGUUCAGGGCUGUGAACUUUUUUCGGUUUCUGCGGGAUUUCGUUUUAGUGAUGAAUGAUUAGAAGUGAUCGUUGCUAAUAAUAUUGUAACGAUGGAACAGUUUCAAAUGUAAAUAAUGAAAAUCGUGUAAUUCAUGAUUAAAGAAGACAAGAUGUGUUUUAAAAGUCAUCAUUCUACUUCAAAUAUGAUCAUUGUAAUUAAGCUGACAAAUGAUAAUGAUCGAAAAUAUAUUCUUGCUAGUUGUAAAAUCCUUUAAACAAUUAUUUUUUUAUAAUUUUGUUAAAACACGAUAAUUUUAAACAUGAAUAAUUAAUUAAUUUGAUCACGUAUCCAUCACUACGCUAAUAAACAACACCGGCCACGCGGCGGCCGUCCGGAACGAAAAAACGCAGAAACCGUAAAAACGCGGAAACCGAAAUCACGCAGAAACCGAAAAAACGCUGAUAGUGUAGCCUGAGCUUAAGUCUUCUAAACCGUUCACAGGGCGAUAAUGAAUGCACCGAUGUUGGCGCGCCUGUCGAUGCGCCGCAGCGUGGUUCCAGUCCUGUUGGUGGCGUCUCUGAGCCUGCUGCGUGCAGACGCCACGCUCCUGAUGGACUCUAACAGCCCCAGUGACGCUACCGGAGACGGACGGCCGACGGCGACAUCCGGCCUACCGUUCAAUCCCGUCGGACCGGCGCCGAGCACCCUCCAGUCCCGGCGGCAAUCCAACCGGCGACCCAUCCGCCGGGCAGACAUCUCACUGACUCUGGGCGGCCGGCUGCUGCUCAACGGUCAGUCCAGCUCGGAGGGAGGCGGUCCGACGCAGGCUCCGGCGCCGGGGGAUCAGCUGGAGACGCCGCAGUCGGUCGUCGCAGCGGAGAGCGGACCCGGCCGGCGGCGGAGCCCGCUGGCGGCUGGACAGCGGUCCCGCCGGCUGCCGCCAGAGUUCCUGGUCUUCCCCGUCUACCGGAGCAAUGAAAUAAACGGCAGGGAAGCUGCAGAGGGCAGUGAUGGUGACAGGAACGAUAACGGUGACGAUGGGCGCGGACGCGGCGGGAGACAGCCCGCCCUCGAGUCUCCGCUCGUCGUGGUCACCACCACCACCACCCCCAACCGGCCGACCAUUCCGCCGACACCAAAGGAGACCACCACGUCCGCUCCGGUGGAGGCCCUGCUGCCCACCCCGUCGGCGUUCGACUGCGACUCUCCGGGCGGCCCUCCGGCGUCGCUGGCGACCCGGUGCCGGGCGCUGCGCCAGCUGCGGCGGCGCACGCUGCAGCACCGGCGGCGCGCGGCGCAGCUGCUGGCCCAGCAGCAGCUGCAGCGCAUCAUCGACCUGCACCUGGCCGACGUGUCCGACUCCCUGACCGUGCGCGCGCUCCGGCCCGAGUCUGUGGAGCUGAAGAGGAAGGAGCCGCCGCCGAGCCGGGAGACGACCACAGAGAGCGCCGACGAGCUGCCGUUCGCUGAGCGGCUACUGGAGGAGACGUCGCUUCUGAGGGCGAGAGCCGUGCCCCAGCCGAUCCCGGCACCGCACACGGCGACUGUUUCUCCGGCGCAGCGGAACAGGAGACGGAAGACGACCCUGCCCGCCGCCACCCGCACACCGCCCCCGGAGCAGCCGGACUGGGCGCUGGUGAGGGCUUCGGCAGCGGGGGACAACCGGCACGGAGUCGGCACGGAGACAGCGGCAGCGAACAGCGGCAGCGGCCGGCUGGAGACAGCGGUGGCCGAAAGGCCGCACCUAGAGACCGGCACGUCUCACAGAGAGAUCAACAAGCUACACAGAGACACCGACAAACAGCAUAAAGGCUCUGAAAAGCCACACUCGGAGGCCUACAGACACUUCGCAGAGAUAGAAAAGCGACACAGGGAAACUGAAACGACUACAAGAGAAACCGACAAGCCCAACACAGAAACUGACAAAUCACUCGUUAAAGCCCUUAUAUCUCAUUUGAAGACCGAAAAACUGCACAAACAAUUCGGAAAACCACACAAACAUGUUGACACACUGCACAUUAAUACCACAAACUACCAAGCAACGACAGGCAACCGGUAUGGAGGCAAUAAUCCUGCUAAACAGCAGGACAAAUAUCAUAAAGAUACAAGCACGCGUCUCACAGGGGUUGUCACACCUCACAAAGAACCGAUAUCGCCUCACGGACGGACGGACGGGACGGAGAGUGAGCGGCGGUGGAGGACGUACAGCUCCGUCAGCCCUAACAGCAUCCGAACGGCGCCCGACAGACCGGAGGAGCACGUCGCCGCGGCCAUCAGUCCACUCCCCACAGCUCCAGGCUCGCUGUUCACCACGACCAUAGUGCCGGAGGGCGGUAUGCCCAUCACCCAGAAGGGCGUCAUCCCGGGAUUGCUGGACAUCCCGGCGCGGGUGUACUUCAGCUGCCGGCACCGGGCGCCGGGAUUCUACGGAAACUCGCAGACCGGCUGCCAGGUGUACCACCAGUGUACGCCGGACGGAAAGAAGUACGACUACCUCUGCGGCGUGGGCACAGCGUUCAACGCGAAAACAAACACCUGCGACCACUGGUACAACACAUCAUGCGAGAGAUACUGAUGGAAGCCCGCAGUGACCAUCAGAGUACCGUUAACAGUGUUGGUGAACGACAACACGGCUCGCAAGCGCUUCCAGUGUUCACAGUGUCAGUUCACUGUGUCCAGUCCAAUGUAACUGUUGUCCAGUUAAUGACCAUUGGUUCGAGCGUCAAUGUUUUAGCUCCAUGUUCUGUCGUAAGUGCAGUGUCUGUGAUAAAUGUUUUAAACGUUUAGCGGUUAUGCUCGUGUACGCGUAUCUAUUCGUGUAUGAGUACAUGUUUCGAUGAGACGUAUAUCCGCUAUACGUUCAUACUCACACCACUUGUUAAAUGAAGCCCGCUGUUCUCUAUUGGAAGAGUUCUUGAUUUAAACUAGCAAUGCCAGUUUUUUACACUAAUUCUGAACAAAAUAGCUAUAAUUGUUGAUAGUGUUGAUAGUUAGAGUCGACACUUUUUUGGUAUUCAUGAAAUCAUAUUCAACUCAUAUACACUGUACAGUGCAGCUCACGAAUUGAUACCAGUGCUUGCAAGGAGAAGGGCAAUGCGCACAUUUGAGUUGAGUGUGCCGUAUGUAAUAUGAGUGUAAUAAUUAUUGUAUUUGCAGUUAUCGUAUUAUGAGCGCCGUGAAUCUUCGAGUAUUGUUUUGUCAUUGUCAUUGUGGUCUAUAGGAUAUGUGACUAGAGUGCAUGAUAAUCACUCGAGCCUGCUCCGCUAAUGCAUGGGUUGGUACUGCUUCAUUGCUCCCAUAGUAUAGGCAGCAGUGGGAGGAAGUGUUCAGGAGGAAAUUGGCGCUUCUUGGCGUGAAGUGUUCAACACUCACCUGUGCGGUGUAUGACAAGUCAUUUGAAAUAAACAGAGUCUUUCGUCAA